AUGUCGGAUAUCUUGAUCGGUAAAGAAAACUUUGGUAUAGAAGAAGUUUAUAAAAUUAAAUUUUCAAAUACGAUUCACAACUUAUUAGCAGUAGGUACAACGAAUACAUUACAAAUUUUAAGGGUAAAAGAAGAUUAUAGUUCUACUGUCAUUGAAGUUUUUAGAAUUGGUAAUCGGAUUCAACAUAUUGCUUGGGGUCCUUGUUCUUCUAUUACUACAGAAGACAAUGUUGAAAUUUUGAAAUAUGAAUUGUUGAUUGCAUGUGAAGAUCAAAGUUUACGAUUAAUCAAAUCUCAAUCAAACCCUAGGAAUCAUCAAACCAAAUCAAAGACUUCAAUUAAAGUCUUUGGUCAAGGUUAUACAGGUCAUUCAGGAAGGAUAACAUCAAUAGCUUGGUGUUCAGUUUCGGGUUAUUCAAAUAUAAUCGCGUCAUCAGGAUCAGAUAAUUGUAUUUUGAUAUGGAACAUAGAAACCAAUCCUUCAGGAACAGGAGAAGAAGAAGAAGAUACCCAUCAUAUUCCAUCUCCUACUUUAUUAGGUCCAUUACGUUUUACACCGAUUUCCAUCAGUUUUCAUCCGAAUUCAUCAAGUAGAUUGAUGGUAUAUGAUUUAACUGGAACAAUCAAAAUCAUAGAUUGGACUAAACCUAAUCAACCGAUUCUUUUGAGUUUAAUCGAACCUAGAUCAUUGAUUCGAAAACUUAAUUCGACUCAUUUGUUUUCUCAAAGGUUUGGUAUGGCUGAAUGGAAAUUAGAUGAAGUAGAUGUCUUUGGUGCUAUUAAUGGUAAUCGUUGGUCUGUUUGGGAUUUAAGGUCUACUAAAGCUGGAAAUCCAAUGGCAACGGGUGAAACUGGUUCUCAGGAUGUGAUACCGGAUGUAUUCAAAUGGUGCCCAACCAAUUCUAGAUUAUUUGCUCUUUCAAGUUCUUCUCCCAACUCUUUCACUUCUGGAAUCGGAGCCAUUCAAAUUUAUUUUACAUCUUUUCCACAAUCACCUAGAACCGUACAAUUACCUGAUGAAAUCAUUCAAUCUCGAUCAAGAGUUCAUGAUAUUGAAUGGCAACCGAUGAUCAGUAAUCAUGAUGUUUUGGCUGUAGCUGUUGGUAGACAAUUGUUGUGGAUUCAAGUAGGUAAGAAAGAUUCGACAUUCAGUUUGACAUGA